AGAUUGCAUGGUGAAAAUAAGCACAGCACCACGAUGAUUUGCUAGGUGUUUUGUCAGACUACACAAAUAUGGAGGAAAACAUACCAAAAGCAGCUCGAGGUGCGAGGGGAACUACAGCUUCUUCCUCCGCUCGAGGAGCGAAACGAACCACCCCAGCUUCAUCCUUAGGUUGUGUAGCGAAAACAACUACAACUUUUCCAGGAGCAAUAUCAAAUAAAGCAUCAUCAGAUCGAGAUGCGAAAGAAACGACAGCUUCAUCAGAAGCACGAGGAGCGAAAGGAACUACAACUUUAUCACCAGCACGAGGAGCGAUAGAAACAAUAGCGUCAUCAGAAGCACGAGGAGCAAAAGGAACUAAAACUGCAUUAUCAUCACGAGGAGCGAAAGGAACUACAACUUUAUCACUAGCACGAGGAGCAAUAGGAACUACAACUUUAUCACCAGCACGAGGAGCGAAAGAAACUACAGCUUCAUCACCAGCACAAACUGCGAAAGGAUCUACAGCUUUGUCACCAGGACGAGGAGCACAACGGACUACAGCUUUAUCAGCAGCACGAGGAGCGAAAGGAACUAAAACUUUAUUACCAGCACGAGGAGCGAAAGGAACUACAAUUUUAUCACCAACACGAGGAGCGAAAGGAACUACAACUUUAUCACUAGCACGAGGAGCGAAAGGAACAACAGCUUCAUCAGUAGCACGAGAGGCGAAAGGAACUAAAACUCUAUCAGCAGCACGAGAAACGAAAGAAACAACAACUCUAUUCUCACGUCAAGGAGCGAUAGGAACAAAAACUCUAUCCUCCAAUCAAGGAGCGAAAGGAACUUUUUCAAGUCAAGGUGCGAAACAAACUAAAUAUUCAACCUCAAGUCAAGGAGUGGAAGCAAUUACAUCAUCAUCCCCAAGUCAAGUAGCGAAAGCAACUACAUCAGCAUCCUCAAUUCAAGGAGUGAAAGCAUCUACAUCAGCAUCCUCAAUCAUGAAAUCGACCGUCAUGGACGGAAGUGACGUUCUUAAUGCAAAUACUGAGGCAGGUGUCCGCGAAGUGAUAGCACACAUAAUAAAAGGGAAAGAGGACAUUGAAUCGACCGUACUGGACGGAAGUGACGUUUUAAAUGCAAAUACUGAGGCGUGUGUGCAGGAAGUGAUAGCACACACAAUAAAAGGGAAAGAGGACAUUGAAUCGACCGUACUGGACGGAAGUGACGUUCUCAAUGCAAAUACUGAAGCAGGUGUGCGAGAAGUGAUAGCACACACAAUAAAAGGGAAAAAUGACAUUGAAUCGACCUUACUGGACGGAAGUGACGUUCUAAAUGCAAAUACUGAGGCGUGUGUGCGGGAAGUGAUAGCAAACACAAUAAAAGGGAAAAAGGACAUUGAAUCGAUCGUACUGGACGGAAGUGACGUCCUCAAUGCAAAUACUGAAGCAGGUGUGCGAGAAGUGAUAGCACACACAAUAAAAGGGAAAAAGAACAUUGAAUCGAGCGUACUGGACGGCAGAGAAGAACUUUCUGCUCUUGUUGACGUUGCAAAGAGAGAAAUUCAAGAUUCCAAGACAAAGGUGGAUGAAAGGAAUUACCAAUCGCAAUGCAAAGAACUGAUCGGACGUACGAAGAGGCUUUACGGAGACAACUUAAAUCAAGUAACCAUAUCCCCAUUGAAUGACUACAAACAUGAACAGUUAGGCAAUGUCUAUAUGCCGCCAAAAAUUGUUCACAUGUGCGAGGCCAAUGGUGUGUUUAAGAAAACAGAAAGACAUGUUACACAGUACAAGGAUGUGUUUUUCAAAGAUGACAAAGUUAACCCACGAAUAUUUCUUCAAGGAGAGGCGGGGUCUGGAAAGACAACAUUUUUAGCAAAGUUGGCCCUAGAAUGGUGUAGAGAAUCGCAUGUUUCUAGUGCAUCGGAUAACAGCUCACUUUUCUUUAAUGAUGUCGACGUUGUGCAAAGCUUUGUGUUCGUUUUCUAUAUUACAUUGAGAAAUUCGGUAAAACAAUUCGACGUAUAUAAAUUGAUUAAAGAGCAAAUAAUAGACUCUAUAUACUCCUCACAUGAAGACCGUGAGCAGGCUUACAGACUAUUGAAUGAGAUCAUGAAACGUGAACGUUGCUUGGUACUACUUGAUGGUCUAGAUGAGUGGACCGGACCUGGAAAUCAUCACAACCUACCGACAUUGGUACUAGAACAGAGCCAAUGUGUGCUGUUAUUUUCAACACGACCUUGGAAAUUGACUGUAGUUAAAAUUAUGCAUUUGGACAGAUACACAUCCGUGCAUCUGGAAGGAAUAAACAAGCCGUUUGAGUUCAGCAGAAUAAUCCUGAGCUGCUUGGUAGAUAAGGAUGAGCUUGAAUUAAAAUACUCAGCAUUUGAGCAGUACAUAGAGAAACAAGAGCUCGGCGAAUUACUGUCAUCUCCAAUGAUGCUCUCUGCCAUUGUUUGUUCAUAUGCAGAGGGAAUAGAACUCAAAGGCUCAAAGUGUGAAAUAUACACCCUUUUAGUGGAAAGUCUUUUUAAGAAAGCCAACAGUAACACGUGUCCAUUCCAACAGCCCCCCUUUCCGUGCUUCAUACGGACUGAAUACAUACAGCCAAAUUUGGAACAACUGAAUUGUCUUGCUGAAAUGGCCUUUCAUUUGUUGUUUGUAAAUGAUAAGGAACAUUCAAUAAUGUUCAACAUUACAGAAUCUUUAAAGAAAUUGAAGAUUGAUGAAUACAAGGAUUUUGCAUUAAAAUCCGGAAUUUUAUCGGCGCAACGAACUGCCUCUGCACUGCGAUCAUCGUCAUCAUUUAUGUUUAUCCACUUGAGCAUGCAGGAAUUCCUUGCUGCUUAUCAUAUCGCCCGCAAUACGAAUCUUAUUGAUGGUAGUAUUUCUGUCUACCUUAACCGUCACCCGGAAGCCUAUCUCGAAAUAUCACAGGUGUUUAUAUUCCUGUGUGGACUGGAUGUAUCAUGUGCGGAAAAGCUAUCAAGCAUGAUGGAUGAACGCUAUGCUUUGAAUACACUACCUCUUGCUGAAUCCUUUGAGACAGUGUAUACAUACUCUCUUUUAUGCAGUCAGUUAAAUGAAAUCAUACUUGCAGGGUUGAGAGAAGCUAAUGCAAAUGGAUAUUCCGACAUUGCCCUAAAACUCAGUCACUUCAUCUUCGAUAACAACAAUAUCAUUGACCUUCAUAAGAUUUGGGAAAAUAACGCGGCUAAUGCCAUUGUGUUGAAAGUUGACAUCGAUGACAGGAAACCCUUAGAAAACCCACGAAUUUCACCUGGAAAUGACGAGUGUGCAUCUCAGAUUACAUUUGACCUUCAUUCGUGCCUGGAGCUGGCACGUUUAAAGCUAAGUGGACGUUGCAUAUUGGGAAACGAUUCUGCCAGUGUGGGCACAUUGGAAUUUCCGGUCUGCAUUAUUCUAAAUAUUGCCGAUCCAACCCAGUGCACAGAGCUUCCCCCUGUACUUCCCUCCAUCAAAGAGAUUGACUUGACCAGUGUCACAUGUUCCUGUACCUGGCUACGCAGUCUGCUUAGCAUGAUGCUGACACGUAAUUGUGAUAUGAACUGUUGGCUGUAUGACUGUCACUUAACUGCGUGUGGAGAGGGCGAAGUCAACACAUCAUACACGACUGGACACAUAUGGUUAACCGUUCAUUCAAAACAAUACUUAUCAAUACACCUAUCUGAUGAUACCGGUCUAUACGUAUAUCAAAACAAAAGCAUAUCAAUAAGCUUUACUGAUGAUACCGGUCUGUGGGAGAUUCUGCAUGGUCUGAGUAUUAAGAGUCUGAGUCUGCAUGGUUUGGGGGAGAGCGGUUGUAGAGUUAAUCAUGAAAAGUCGUUCUCACAGACGAUAGCAUCGCUCUCAAAGCUGGAAGAACUAGAUAUUACAAUGGAUGAAUUGACUCCUUGUGUGUGGGAUGCUCUCCCAGGUCUGAAUAUCAAGAGUCUGACUCUGAGCAGUAGGGAGUUGGGAGAGUUGCAUGCAGAGUCGUUGACUCAGUCGCUAUCAUCGCUUUCAAAGCUGGAAGAACUAGAUAUUGUAAUGGAUGAAUUGACUCCUUGUGUGUGGGAGGCUAUCCGUGGUCUGAAUAUCAAGAGUCUGACUCUGAGCAGUAAGGAGUGGGGAGAGUUGCAUGCAGAGUCGUUGACGCAGUUGCUAUCAUCGCUCAAAAGGCUGGAAACACUUGGAAUUGGUGGGACUGAAGACAGUCCUGGUCUGUGGAAGGCUCUCAAAGGUCUGAAUAUAAAGAGUCUGAUACUGGAUGGUUGGAAGGGGGUAGGUUUAGGGAUAAAUCAUUCACAGUCGUUGUCUCAGUCGCUAUCAUCGCACAUGAGGCUGCAAAAACUUGGUAUUCGUGUGGAUGAAGAUAUUACUGGUUUUUGGGAGGCUUUCUAUGGCCUUAAUAUCAAGAAGCUGCGUGUGUAUGGUAAGUGUAGAGUAAAGUAUAAAGAGUCGUUGUAUCAUUUGCUACAAUCGCUUACACGGCUGGAAACACUUAGUAUUGAUGCGCAUGAAGCCUGUCCUGGUUUGUGGGAGGCUUUCAAAGGUUUGAGUGUCAAGAGUCUGACUAUUGAAGGUGAGAACCAAGGAUUCGAAUUAAAUCAUACAGAGUUGUUGUCUCAGUCACUAUCAUCGCUCACACUGCUUGAAACACUCGAUAUGGAGGUAUGGGAGCACAGUACUGGUCUGUGGGAGGUUCUCCAUACUUUGAAUAUCAAGAGUCUUAGUCUGAAUCUGGGUUACAUUCGGUGGACAGAUUUGCGUACAGAAUCGUUGUCUCAGUCACUUGCAUCUCUCACACGUCUGGAAACCCUUACAAUUAGUGGGGAAAUAGACAGAAAUGGUCUUUGGGCCGCUCUCCAUGGUCUGAGUAUCAAGAGUUUGAGUCUGCGUCUGAUUGGUAAAUGUAGAGGUUUGCCUGCAGAGUCGUUGUAUCAGUCAUUAUCAUCGCUCACACAGCUGGACACUCUUUGUAUUGAGAGGGGGUGUGAUUGUCCAGGUCUGUGGGAGGCUGUACAUGGUCUGAAUAUCAAGCGUCUGAGCCUGAGUGGCUUCAUGAAACAUACUGGAAUUGACGUGAAGCACGCUGUGUCGUUGUCAAAUACACUUGCAUCGCUCACUCAGCUAGAAACACUUAGUAUUGAUGUGGAGCAUGAGAGUCCUGGUCUAUGGGCAGCUCUCCAUGGCCUGAAUAUCAAGAGUCUGAGUCUGAAUGGCGUGUGGAAAGGUUCCGGAAUUGACGUGAAGCAUGCGAAAACAUUUUCUCAGUCGUUAUCGUCACUAACACAGCUGGAAACGUUAACACUACAUGUACAUACAUACAUCGCCCUGCAGGUACCUCAAUCAUUGAAGAAUUUAAAUAUCUACUAUGACACAAUGCUUCCAUCCGAAUUGCGCGAACUUGUGGACUCACUGGCUACAUGUACUCAUACAAUUGAGAGUAGGCUAGAAUUUGGUUGCGCUUCUAGUGUUGAUCCCCCAGAAGGAAUCCCAAUUCAGGAAUACAUUCCAGUUCAACAGGAACUGGCUGCACGGAAAAAUGAUGCAGUAAAACGAUUCCGGAUAUAUGAAUGGCCUGAUUCUGCCGGCUAUGCCAUGUCUGUACGUGACAUUGGUGAUGUUGAUGACGCUGCUAGCGAUAUCCUUGAAGAUGAUGUUUAUAAAAGAUUUGCUAAAUAUAUUGAUCGUUACAAAAUCAAUCGAAUUUCAAUACUCAUUGAGAUAAGUCCAGGCUCAAUAUCUUAAAUUAGUGUUUGUUUUUGAUAGAUACUAUAUUUAUAUGAACCUGGUUGUAUAUUAAAUUUAUAUUGUAACAAUUGAAACUGUUUUGACAUGUGGCGUAUAAUACUUUUAAUGUUGUUUCUCUAUACAUGAAAUUGAGCUUUAAAAUAUACUAGCUUAAUGUGUUGUGGACUUUUCGACGAUAAGUGUUACAAGAAAAUAUGGUAGAAACACAUUAUCUUCCUAUUUCAAAACGGUCUUAGUCUACUGUAUGUUGACAUUCAUUCACAACACUAUAUACAAAUGCUCAUCUCAAUUUUAAAUGAGAUAUUUCGCCGGAGCUUUUCUCUUAUAUGUAGUUAUUAUUAAAAUCAACACAAUUUUGUAAAUACGGCUCCUAAGUCGUAAAUGCCUUGAGAUUAAAAUCAGUGAACAACAUAAUGUUUAUUUUUGCUACCGAGCAAGUGACAAACUACUAAACGAAAUAAAACUGUAAACAGAUAUUACGUUUAUGCUUUGUGUCAAUGUUAUUGUAUAAGUUUAAAUUCAAUGUAUGCCUUUGUUUUAAUGACUUAUAUAAUUUGGAACAUGUUGAUACAAUUUUAUUAGUGCGCUUUUAAGCAUGUUCACUUUCACAUAAUUGUCAACGCAUUUGACUUCGCCUAUAAAUAUUAAAUAUACAAGUUUUAAAUUUCUUCUUUAAAAAAAUAUAUUAUUCAAACUGCUUGAUGUGUUUUAAUGUAUCAUAUUAAUAUGUUUUAUUUGCAUUUUAUGCAUAGUGCCUGUCAUGAUGAUCAUUUUAAAAAAUAGUACCCAUUAAACAUCGAUAAUGA